AUGCUUACUGCUGAAUAUAUAGCAGAGAGGUAUUUAGAAGAGUUUGAGAGUAACCCUGGUUGGGGAAUUAAGGAGAUUAGGGCUAGGAUUUUGAAUGAUUUAGGAAUUGAAGUGAAUUAUUUUAAGGCAUGGUGCAAUGUUGUUGUUUAUGGUAUUAACAGCCAAGAGCCACCCUUGUUCAUGAGAAUGUUAAUUUGUUUAAGGCCACUCAGAGAUGGGUUUGCAAAAGCUUGUAGGCCACUAAUAGGGUUAGAUGGUUGUCACCUCAAAGGUGCCUAUCCUAGGAAAAUUUUGGUGGCAGUGGCUAAGGAUGGGAAUAACAACUUAUUUUCUCUAGCUUGGGCUAUAGUGGAGAUAGAAAACAAGGAAACUUGGAGUUCGUUCUUGGAAUCACUUAAGGCAAUGUUCAAAAAUGAUCAAGGAGCUGGGCUAACCAUCAUGUCUGACAGGCAGAAGUUGUUGUUUGAGUAUGAAAUUGCCAUGGAGUCUAUCAAAUUCCUUGAUGAAGAGGCAUACGAGAUAGACUUUGUGGCUAGGUCCUGUGUGGUGCAACCAUCAAGAGAGAAUACAUUUGAGGUGCUGCUGAAGGAUAACCAAGUGUUGGUUAAUUUGGAGAAAGAGACCUGCACAUGUUACCAUUGGGAACUCACUGACAUUUCCUGUCUUCAUGCUUAUGCAUGCAUGUUGGAUAUGAGGGGUGACAUAAAGGCAUAUGUUGACCCAUACUAUACCAUGGACACAUACAUGGCUGCUUAUGAACUAGUUGUCCAACCAAUGCCUAGUCCCAAGCACUGGGAGAAAGUCCAAAUGAGGGAACCACAACCCCCUUCUUUUAAGGUGCAACCUGGGAGACCAAAGAGCAAAAAAAGGAAGCUUGAGCCAAGACAAUGUUCUACUGCAGGUGGUCAACCAAGUACAACAAAGAGGAAGAAGCAAUGCAGUCACUGUGGGGAUUUGGAUAUUAUGCAAAGACCUGCAAACUACCUGCUGCACCUGAUACAAAUGUGA